CUUUAGUUGGAACUCUACUUUUGGUCUUUAUCAUCCUUUUCCUAGUCAGAAUGGGGUUUUUUUUGUUAUUCAUUUGUUUCGGUGUGUUGCGAGUCACCCCAUGGACAUGACACGGUUCCUCACGGUGUUUGUCGAUUAGUGUGUGAUUGUUGGUUGUUGAGCUCUCGGUUGUUUGUUUAGAUUCCUGGUACCAGAGGUAUCUCUCGUGUGUAGAUUUCAGUAUCGUUUGCUGCCGGUAUUAAGAUUUCGUGCAGUGGUGGUGGAGGUGAGGGCGUGUUUGGAUUGUCGGUGGUGCUUCGAGAAUAGUGGACAUUGUGUCAGUGGUCGUCACUGUCAAAACGUAGUUAUUUACUUGCUUCAGUUGUAGCUAUUUUGCGUGACUUUUAGAGGAUUGUGGGUGUGCGGUGGCGGUGGCGGUUCGAAUGCUGUACAUUGUGGAAAAAGUGUCGGUAGAGUUGGGAGAAGACUGCCGGUAUUGUGCUGGGUUCAAUUAGCAUCGAGGUGUUUGAGACAUGAUGAUGUGGUAAUAUUUCUAUGAAAUGAAUUUCUGUAUAGAUCAACCUGCGAGGCGACACUGCGUUGAAAAGCAGACUGAGCUUGUAUUAAGUGUCCCUUUCUGUUGAUGAAUCUUGGCGUGAUAAGUCUUGAGAGCGGUUUCGUCUAUGGGUACAUUGCAGAGUUGUGGAAUUGCGCGUUGUGGUAAGUUUACUCUGCUUGCCUAUGGGUGACAUUCUUUGAUUUCGUCGAGAGUUGCAGUGAUGCCAAAGAUGCAGCUGGAGAAACUUUGGAAAUGGAAUUGCAAUGAGUCACUUGACGAUUGAUACAACCUUCGAAAAGUGGUCUUGGUGAAUCGAAUAAAACUUAGUGUGUCACGAACAUGGAGGCACAAUACAUACCCCCCAGUGAGCCUCAAUUUAGGAGGCGCCCAAAUUCCAAUCCUCGGGACCCCGCAGCAGUCGUUCAGCAGCAAGGACCUCAAGUAGUUCUGAAUCAACAACCUCACCCCCGCAAAACCAAUCGUGCUGAUCCGCGUUACCAUGGUGACGUCCAGCAAUAUGCACCUACUGGACAUGGCUAUGGUGGGUAUCAAGGGCAGGUUCAAGAACCCGGCCGCGUCCGACCCACACAACCCGGCAAGAGAUUGAAAAACAAAAAUCCGAAUUUGACUCCACCAGCAGGUGUGAAUCAUAAAGAAACAAAGAAAACCAAGCAAUCCAGCGAAUUCCCUGGAAACCCUACAGAUGAGAUACUGGUUGGCUCUCCUACUGCAGUCAGCCAUGCGCUGGUAGAUCACUAUGGUAACUACAAUGCAAGUGGUCGGAGUGAUGGAUAUGGGAGUGCGCUAUCUCGGUUAAGUCAAGACGGGAGUCUGCAUGGUCAAUCUCAAGUCUCAGACCACGACUCAAGUGGUAGUGGCCGGACUCAUGAAAGAGGAAGCAAUCGUGCAGGCGAUCAAAGACUCCCAACUGGUACAUCCCGUCUAAAUCCAAGUGUAGCGAGCAAUGGCGGUAGCCACCGUUUAACAGCAAACGUCUUACGAUCGCUAGAUAACAACCAACCGCAAAUUGCUCCUCUUAACAUCAACUCUACCACGAAUGAUCCUACACAUGCUGAGGACUUCAGCAUGAUUGUUUACCCUGGUGAGAAACAAGAUAUGGAAACACAAAUCUUCGACGUUCCACGAGGCUCGAAUCGACCAGCGAUUACAGAGGGACCAAUUUAUCGACGCCAAGGGGAGCAUCCGCAUCCCCAACAACGGAGAUUUAUAGGGAAUCGCCAUCCUCCUCAACCAGCCCCACAAGGGCCACAUGCCCAGAGUCCCCUGCAUCAUCAACAGCAGCAGCAGCCGACGCAACCACCGUCAAUUUACACCCCGGGUCAGGUUCUGGUACAGUACGUCCCCGACGUAAAGACGAUGCCGGAGCCGAAUGCGAAGUGCAUCGCGUGCGUGCACACCGUCGGAGUACCCAUUGCGAGACUCGGCACGCGAAUUCUGUGUCGGAGUGCCAAAGGUGGCUGCGCUUUCGUGGGCUGUACAAUUCUGUAAGCCCGCGGCGUCGCCAUGCCUAGUUCGUUUGUGCAGCGCCACCCGCAUUCGCAAUUCGCCGUUGUACCGCCGCGGAUACGAACUCUGCCCGCUGGUUUACGAGCUUGGUCACCAGGGGUAGCAGAUAUUUGACAUUCGUAUUUCAAGCAUAACCAAAAGAGAAAUAAAAGAAGCAAGGAAGAAGAAACUGUCAAAAUUCUCCCUUGCAAAAUAGAUUUUGUAUAAUUGCAUUUAGUUAAUUUUACAGGCUGGAGUUUUUAGAUAUCUUUGUAAGAUAAGGUUUGUAAUGUACAUGAGUUUCUUUUCUACUCGAAUGGUUCUGAAUUGAAUUUGAACUGUUUUUUGGCUA